AUGACACCCCCGAAUCCCGCGCUUCGCCACCAGGUCAUCCGGAUCUACAAGGAUUUGCUUUUCAUGGGCCGGGAAUAUCCCCAGGGUUACGACUACUUCAGGACACGUCUGCACAAGGCGUUUGCGAGCCAAAAGAACCUGACGGACGAGGCAAAGAUCAAGCAGGGCAUCGAGAGGGCGGAGUACGUGAAGAAAGGCGAGUAA